CCUGUCGCAACGUCGAUCUCAAGUCGAUAAAUAACUGUUAUUUUCCUUCUACAUCGUGGAGAGUUCGUUGAAAGUGCGUGAGGAUUUGGUCCAUAUGUAUCCACCAAAAAGAUGGUCAGUAAAAUCGUGUCCAUCAAAAACAGGGACAUAUUAAACGCUUCAUAGUGUUUGAAACACGCGUGGUGGUUUACUUAAUUGGACGAGCUGCUGUUGUGACGUACACUCCAUCCAAGACCAAAUUUAUUCACACAGGUUGGUGUAUGAUUGUCGGGGCCAUCCAAGUCAUGUGAUGCCCGUUCUCGGAGUGUGGUUGGAAACCCGAGCCCCUUGUUGGGGACGCAUUGAUUUGUUAGGAUUGCCAGCCUCCAUUAAAGUUCAAGCUUUGACAGCUGAUAGCGACAUCCUUGUGACCCACUCGUCAAGGCUCUUGCUUUGACCCUGAGGCCUCGGCAAAGUGGAUUCUUACUUCACGCUAACAUUGGGUCCUGCAAAUAUAGUCUGAUUCAUGCCGAGCCAUACAGACAAUCUGCAUUGAUUCAUCUGCCGGACAUAUCACCAAUUCAUUAGCGCUGUUGUGACAUCUCCAACUCCACCCCCCACCCCCAUCCAAAAAGACUCCAUCAGCGGUUUUAAUUAAAACAAACCAGGAAAAAAAAGUUAAUAGAAACACUACAUUCAAGGACAAGAGCGCUAUUGAGCGGCAAGCUAAUAGAAGUCACAGAUGACGGCUCAUGCUGGAGUGCAUACGUCAGUCGGGGUUGGAGGCUCCGCAUCGGAAGAUCAAUGGCUGGGAAACGGAGACCGGUCACAUUAAUGGCGCGCAUCAUCUCAAAGGGCUCUUUCCCUCUCAGGAAGCUUCACAACACAAACUGAGGAGAACCAGAGAAUAUAUAUGACUAGAAACGUCCCGCAGAAAUUUGGUAUGGGCCUGCUGAUUCCUCCAAAUCCGAAAGCUGCAUUUGUGAAGACUUCAUGGGCCAGGCUGCUGCUCUGCUGUGGAACAAAGAAAACGAGCAUCUAACAAAGAGCCAUAACACGCAGCACCACAAUGGGAGUCUAAAUCAGACAGAAAUCAGAUGAUCUUAUUUUUUUUUACCCCAAGAUUCAGAACUCCUGGACUGUAGUCACAGGUUUUGCUUAUUGGCUUGUGAGGAUAAUUUGAUUCUCGGUGCGCCGUCUUAACAACAGUUGGAAAAAAAAUGUCCUUUACCCGAGGCAUCCAGUCUGGUGCGUUGAUGCCGGCAGGGAGGUCGUUAAUUUCGUCCUCAACGCCUCCCAACUGAGUCCCCAUGUCGCACUAGCAGCCUUCCCAGCACAGCCGGGGCCCCCUCAGAGUUGCACCUCCCUUCCUCCGCCUCCUCUUCCUCUCACCUGGCUGCGCCAUGACGUCUUCAGAUAGUGACGAGACCGGCAGCGAUCACUCCGAAUCUCUGGAGAUCCUCCAGCUCCAGGACCAGUACCUGGACUCUGAAAGCUGCUUCAAGUCCAAAAGCUUACCCAUCCUGAACGCGCCGUGCCAGAAUCACUGCAAGGAAGCCGCGUUGCUUGACGCCGCUGCCGUUCAUGUGGAAGAGAACCACGAGCCGUCGCCUAAAACCCCCGAGUCGCCCUCCUCCAGGACAGACUUCUCCCCCUCUGUGUCCAGCAUGGUGGGCCUCAGCAGCUCCCUACCUGUGGACCCCGACAGGCCGGAUGGGGGUCAGAAGGUCGGCUUCUCCCUCUCUCGCCUUAUCCGCAUCCCGGCCAGGAAGUACGUGCGCGUUAUCCUCAGAGACUCGCGCUGCUUCCUGUUCUGCAUGUGCUACCUAACGUUCAUCCAGUCCCUGAUGGUUUCGGGCUACCUGAGCAGCGUCAUCACCACCAUCGAGAAGCGCUACAGCCUGCGCAGCUCCGAGUCGGGCCUGCUGGUCAGCUGCUUCGACAUCGGCAGCUUGCUGGUGGUGGUCUUCAUCUCGUAUUUCGGCGGCCGGGGCCAGAGGCCGCGCUGGCUGGCCGUCGGCGCCGUGGUCAUCGCCGCCGGGGCGGCGCUGUUCUCCCUGCCCCACUUCAUCUCGCCGCCAUACCAGAUCCAGGAGAUGAACGCGUCGGUGGGCCAAGAGGGUCUCUGCCUCGGCGGCAACGGCAGCGAGCGGGAGGUGGCGGACGCGGCGUCGUGCCACCGUGACCACGAAGGCAACGAACACAACCUCUACGUGGCGCUGUUCAUCUGCGCCCAGAUCCUGGUGGGCAUGGGGUCCACGCCCAUCUACACCCUCGGGCCCACCUAUCUGGAUGAUAACGUGAAGAAGGAGAAUGCGUCUCUCUACCUGGCCGUCAUGUACGUGAUGGGUGCCUUGGGUCCGGCAGCCGGUUACCUGCUGGGAGGCGUCCUCAUCGGCUUCUACGUGGACCCCGAAACCGUGGUCAACAUUGACCAAAGUGACCCUCGCUUUGUGGGCAACUGGUGGAGCGGCUUCUUGCUGUGUGCCGUCGCCAUGCUCCUGGUCAUCUUUCCCAUGUUCGCCUUCCCCAAAAAGCUGCCGCCGCGCCACAAGAGGAGGAAGAAAAAGAUGGGCGCCUCGCCCGCCGCCCUCUCCGGCGACGACGUGAUGAAGGAGAAGUCCGGCGGCAAGGGCCAGAGCAUGUCCUCCUCCAUGGGCUUCGGGAAGGACAUCCGGGACCUCCCCAAGGCGGCGCUGAGGAUCCUCGGCAACAUGACCUUCCUGUUCGUCAGCCUGUCCUACACGGCCGAGUGCGCCAUCGUCACCGCCUUCAUCACCUUCAUCCCGAAGUUCAUCGAGUCCCAGUUUGGCAUCCCCGCCUCCAACGCCAGCAUUUACACGGGUCUGAUCAUCGUGCCCAGCGCGGGCGUGGGCAUCGUGCUGGGUGGCUAUAUCAUCAAGAAGCUGAAGCUGGGCGCCCGUGAGUCGGCCAAGCUGGCCAUGAUCUGCAGCGGCGUGUCGCUGCUCUGCUUCUCCACGCUUUUCAUUGUGGGCUGCGAGAGCAUCAACCUGGGAGGCAUCAACAUACCCUACACCACCGGUCCGACGCUAACGCUGACGCAUCGGAAUCUGACGGGAAGUUGCAACGUCAACUGCGGCUGCCGCAUCCAUGAGUACGCGCCCGUGUGCGGCUCGGACGGCAUCACCUACUUCAACCCCUGCCUGGCUGGAUGCAGCGCCGUCGGCAACGACAGCAGCGGGAUGAGGAACUACACUGAGUGCGGCUGCGUGCAGAGCCGUCAGGUGAUCACGCCGCAGUCGGGCGGCGGCCCCGUCAACCAGCUCCAGCUGGUCAUCGUCAAGACGUACCUGAACGAGAACGGCUUUGCCACGUCGGGGAAGUGCGACCGCACGUGCGGCACCCUCAUCCCCUUCCUCGUCUUCCUCUUCAUCGUCACCCUCAUCACCGCCUGCGCGCAGCCCUCCGCCAUCAUCGUCACGCUCAGGUCGGUGGAUGAACAAGAGAGGCCUUUUGCUCUCGGCAUGCAGUUUGUCCUUCUCAGAACUCUGGCGUACAUCCCGACGCCAAUCUACUUCGGCGCGGUGAUCGACACCACCUGCAUGCUGUGGCAGCAGGACUGCGGCGUGCACGGCUCGUGCUGGGAGUACGACGUCACCGCCUUCCGCUUCGUCUACUUCGGCCUGGCCGCCAGCCUCAAGUUCGUGGGCUUCGUCUUCAUCUUCCUCACGUGGUACUCCAUCAAGCACAAGGAGGAACGCUGGCGCCCCGGCCCCCACCCNCCGUCGCCGCCGCCGUUGCUCCUGGGCACCGUCAGCGAGCUGGUCGGCCACCCCGGAGGAGCUCGCAAGAGCCACGCGCGCACGCGCUCCUGCCCGGUCUUCAUCCCGCCGGCGCGCCCCGAGGCCCCCGCCGCCGCCGCCACGCUGCUGCUCUGCCACGGCAGCCUCAAAGCAAUAACGCCCAGAGGCUCCGGGCUCGUAUGACCCUUCACGAACAAAAACGCCACUCACCCUCCUCUUCAAGGGCUGAUUGACAACGCCGCCGUCAUGGUGCUAACUCAUUUCCCACUCAAAAGCACAAACUGUGUUCUAUGCAAGAUUGCCGACUCUGUCUUCAGCUCCAACAACUCGACUGUCUGUCCCAAAGAUGUGAGCCGGAAAUCAUUCACGAUGCGCGCCAGAAUUGUGAUGGUGAUGAUUCAUGAUUGUAUUCUGUACAUAGGGCAGCAGGAUGUUCAAACGGUCCUUGAGCCAAGAACACCUACUGUAUAGUUACUUCAAGUCACUUGUGAUAUUUUGGAAAUGACAACACAAUGCGUGACCCAAAACUUUCCUCCUUUUGCCGAAUCGUGAGCGACUGAUCAACGACAAGGCUGUUUUAUGCCACUCCCACUCGCCGUUUACUGCCAAACUAAAACAUAAUUACAGCUUGUGUAUUUAAAACAAUCAGAAAUGUUGCCUUACUUCGGUAAAUUCACUUAGCUAAAUGCUAACGUCAAUGCAAAACACCCGAACAUUGAACAGCUGGUUCGUUUGUGUGCAGGAUUGCGGUUGUACGCUGCCCCCCAGUGGUCAAGGUGGGCACACCUGAAGGAGCGGAACAACAAAUUAAAUUGCACCAUUUUAUUCUGAUCACGUAUUUACAUUAAGUACACUAUUAGAGGGUGAUAUUUUCCUUUAUUUAAAACACCCCCCCUUUUUUUUUUAUUUUGAGUUUUGAACAUGGUCACAGAACAUUUUGUAUUUCAAGGCACCACUGCACAAACAUUGCCCCAACCGGAUAGACCUUUUGGGUUACUUUGUGAUGAGCGCAUCUGCCUCACAGGUUCUGGGUUCAAAUCGCUUCUCGGGCUAGCCACUCGCUAGUGAGCCAUCGAUUGGCUUGCCGCCACACGCGUCAUCAAGUUUAUUACUUCGAAAAAUUUCUCUGAACACGAAGCUGAAUGGCAAAAUUCCCAACCGGUGUUUUGAUCCAUGUCCACCUUUCUGCCCCUCUGUGACUCUUCCAGUCGCUUUCCAUCUCUGUUGCAACCUGCUCAUGACGACACUUUGUAACUGAUGUAAAACUAAUAAUAAUAAUUUUCAUUGGAACUGAGUGAAAUUGGAUAAUAUCCCAGCACAUUGGUUGAGAAUCACUGGAUUAGAAAACAAACAAAAAUGGCAUGUCUACUACUCAUCAUCCCCUAAAAAUGUGAAAAAAAAUCGAUCACCAUAAUACGGACAUAUUGUAUAUAAGCAUAAUGUUAAACACACAUUUACUAAACAUUAAACAAAAAAAAUGCAUUUUAUUACAAUUAGAUGAGCUCAAGUUUAUACACACACACACACGUGUCUAUAUGUGCGUUAAUUCCACCCUGGCGUGACUUAAACUGUACCUCAAACGUGAUCAUCCUGUAAAUAUUGACGAUUGUAACAAUUAUUGAUAAAUGCAAAUAGUGUAGCGUGUAGAUGACAAGUACUUAUAAACUGUCAUUCAAAGACAGAAAUACAAACUGGAGUUGUCUUUGGCAGUGCCUGAACCGUGCUGUUAAAUUCAGCAGACAGGGACUACCCACAAUGCACUUCUCUCUCCUCUCAGUGAUAACCGGCCUUUAAAAAAGAAAAAAAAGUUUUUGUUACACUUUUGCAAAAACAUGACCAACAACAGGAGCUUGGACCUCAUGAUGAUUAUCACAAGUGUGAAUUAUUGUAAUAAUUCCCCGCUGGGAAAAAAAA